AUGAUCAUAAUGACAAUGAUAACCUUGCAUACGAGCUACAUCCAUAGACAUAAUUUGGGGAAUAUGAUGAAAAACAUAGGCUUUGCAAUAACUGGACUUAGCGCUAUUCUCAAGGUGGUAAGCUUCACGAUAAAUCGCGGCUCUCUCAUAAAUUACCAUCGAAUACUGAAUGAUCUUUUCGAGGAGGAACUUAUGCAGAAUGAUAAAAUCCGGACAAUAAUAUUUUCGUCUCUACAUACGAUGUACAUUCUGACGUAUGGAUAUUUCGCUCUUGCAACUACAUUGAUCUUAUUAUAUUUUGCGCCCUCGUAUCUUUUCAUAAUCCGCGGUUUCCUCCACUUCCAUUUAUCUACGAACUACACUCUACCAAUCAGUAGGGGAUACGGACAUUUCUGGACCGUUCCUGACAACUUUUUGUAUCAUCUACAUCUGCUUUUCGAGACGACUCUAACGGGACUCAGCGGCCUGAUGGCGUGCAGCGUUGACAGCUUCUUUGGCUUCUAUGUCUAUCAGUUUACCUCGACAAUGCGCGCCAUGAACUUCAGGCUCACAAAUCCUCUACCUACCGAGAAGUUCUUAGAUUUGCUGAGGAUGUGUGUGGCGAAACAUCAAAGGUUAUUGCGAUGUCGCGACACGCUAGAGCAUGUCUAUGGACCCAUUGUCUUUUGGCACAUUGUCACCAACGCCAUACUUCUUUGCGGGUUGAUGUACGACGCAAUGCCAUUAUCGGACUUUAAAGGCGUAUCCAUGUUUCUGACAUACGCAGUAAUAAAAUUUGUGCAAACGUUUACGUACGCAUGGUAUGGCACUGUUCUCAUAAAUGCAAGUGAAGACUUUCGUAAUGGAAUCUAUUUUGGCGAAUGGUUUAAUUCAAGUCUCGAUCAUCACGUGAGAACAAAUGUUAUUCUGAUUAUGAUGCAAAAGCCAAUGACUAUAAACGCAGUUUACUCUCCAGUCAAUAUCACCAUUUUCACCAAUUUCGUGAAUGCUACAAUGUCCUAUUUCUUCCUGUUGCAAUCUAUUGGUGAUAAAGACGGAUAGAGAUGGAC